AUGGCAAACGAAUUAUCGUCACCUAAAUUCUUACCAUUCCUCAUACAAUAUCAGAAUGCAGUAUUGAUUAUUGAGGAUGCUGAAAAUAUCAUCAAAGAUCGUCAAGAUACAACAUUUACAUCUAAUCAGGCGGUGGCAAAUCUUCUCAACUUGUCCGAUGGUCUGCUGGGUGAUGCCAUGCAUCAGCAAAUCAUUGCUACAUUUAAUUGUGAUUUAAAAUCGGUUGAUAAAGCAUUGUUACGUAAAGGUCGUCUAAUUGCAUCACAUGAAUUCAAUAAAUUAGAUAUACAAGAUGCACGUAUAUUAUCCGAAAAACUAGGUUAUGCAAGUGAGAAUAUCUGCGAACGAAUGACAUUAGCUGAAAUUUACAAUCAAGGUGAAGAAAAACAAGAGCAAGAAAACAGCGAUGAAAAUAAGAAGUCAAGUGAAAAAUAUGUAUGCAAAUGUUGUAACGAAAGUUAUGGUGGUGGUAGUGAGGAAGAGUAA